AUGAUUGACGACAUCGACACUUCACUCCAAACACAGAACCAACAACUGGCGACGCCGCAGAAGUUUGUCGUGUGCUUGGGGAUGGAUGUGGAUGUUCAGGUCUUGGACCAAGAUGCGAAGGAAGGCAUUGCUUAUGUGUCGAAACUCUUCACCAAUGAUCGUUUGUCCAGAGAGGCGUUCACCUUCCUUGCUCCAGAGAACUCCUCUGAGGACGUGAUCAUCAUGGACGGUGAGACCGUUGGCCGAUGGAUCCUCGAAGUGGGUCAUCGGCUUUUUGAGGAGGGAUCGCUUCCUGGCUUGCCUUCUUGGGAGCAGGAGGACUCGUCGCCUGAGUUGCGAGUUUCAUUGAAAGCUUGGGAAGAUGCUUUGUCUGUGCCAAUGGGCCCCAACUUUGCUGAGCUCGUGGAGAAGGCUUUCAAGCAAGCAGAAGCCGGCUUCUUCCAGCUUGGAAGGUUGGCACCACGACUCGCUGCCUUAAGAUGGUGCAGCUGCAUGGCGUGGGUGCGGUUCCGAACCCUGGCUGUCAUGGAGGCAGGUGGCAACUGUAGCAUUCCGCAGGGCGCUGCAUCCAGAGACGCUUGUGAGCAGGCAAAGCGUUUCAUCUUCAAAGCCUUGGACAGCGUGGUCUCGGAGCGGGAGGGAGUGACCGAAGGUGUCAUGUAUUCAUUGAGUAGCUUAGCAAGAAGGUAUGGCAUGGAGGGGGGCAAAGAACCAUUGCCGGAAGAGAGCGAAGAUGAGUGGCAUCGACGUUCGUGCGAGUUUGACAUUUGCCGCAUAGCUCACCAGGUGGAGCGAGCCCCACCGGUGGAUGUCAAUGCAUCCAUGCCGAGGCUUUUGGUGAUGCAACCGUUCGGUACGCCGCACAAGCGUCUUCGGCUUGCGGAAGUCCCCCGAAUGAUCCUCGACAGAAACAAGUGGUACACGGAGGUUGCUAAUAUGCCGCUCCUGAACCUGUGUUCCAAAUCGGCUGUGGUAGGGCCAAUCCUUCAUAUGGAAGUGCCUCCUCCGCCCGAUUUUGACUUAGAGGAUCCUGAGGUUCGCAGCAAAGUUGAACGGGGCGAAGACUUGGGCAAAGCUGAACAGGAGGAUGGCCUUCCGGGUGCUCUUCAUGGUAGUGUUGGGCUGCUGUAUGCUGCAUUGGCAUUUGAGGAGCUGACUGUGCAUUUUCAUCCUGGGUCACUUUUGCUGGAAGGUCUGAUGGAGAUGUUUGUACACUAUGGGCCGAAGCUACGGACGAUCAGCCUUGCUGGCAAUGCUGGCUUCGUGAAUGAGGAUUCGCUUUCCCUCCUCACGCUGGCUGGGGACACAGUGAAGACGCUUGAUUUGGAAGGCUGCGACCUUGACCCAAGCUACUUGGAGGGCAUCCUCAAUACGGUGAAGAGCUUAAGAGCCCUCCAAGUCCUGGAUCUUGCAGGGAACAAACUGGAUGGGCCGACAGCCUUAAAUUUGGUCGCAGCGCUAUGUGACAAUCGCAUUGACCUCGACAUACUUCGUUUGGACGGCAACCCAUUGGGGACGCCGGAGGUUUUCAAAAAACGAAGCGGCGACCUUGCUGGCCACAAGAGGGGAGUCCGUGGUGGCUGGUGGCGAUUUGGUCUUGCACCUAGGUGA